AUAGAACCCAUACAGUCUUAAAAUGUUGCUGGGAAAAUAUUAAAAGGCAGACCAAAAAAGACCGAGCAGACAAGAAGAAAAAGCUAUUUAUGACUGGUGGUGGAAAACCGCCAACACCACCACCAUCUAAUACCGAGUCUACAAUAGUUGAGGCUAUAUUAGGACCAGCACUAAAGGGAAUCCCAAGUGAUUUUGACACCGACAGUGCUACAUUCAGUGAAAUUAUAGAAGUAAACACAACGGAUCAGAAUGAAAAAGUUCAUGUAAUAGAAGGCGACUCUGAUUAUGCAGACAUAUUAAAAGAGGAUAAUGAAAACAUUGCAAAGAGUUUAUUGAAAGAAAAGAAUGACAGUGAUAAUGAUACCUGGAACUCAUGGACUCCAAAGAAUCUAAAAACACCAGUAUCAAGUAAUCUUAAAGUAUCUAGACAAAGUGAAGAAAGCUACUUAAAAAGAAGAAGACCUAAAAUUAAUUGCUUGAGUGAUGAAUUGGUAAAAGAAAAAAUUAAAUUAAUAAAAAUAUUACAAGAAAAUGCUGAGAAGGAAGCCCAAAUUAGAUUGGCUAUUUUGAAGGAACAAUUAAAGCAAGAAGAAAUAAAGACCCAAAAGGUUAUGAAUAGUUAGUUAUUUUUUUAGGUGUUAUACCUACAUGUAUAUUGUAUUGAUAAUAAAAAUGUUCAGGGAUAAGGACAAAAA